UCCUCCCUCUCCAUUUUCUCUCUCUGUCGGCGAAACAAAAGGAAAAGAAAAGAAAGCUUAAACUCCAUAGUUGGUUCAAGGAAGAAGAAGAGGAAGCAACAAAUCAUCUAAAGUUCUAAAAUCCUGAGUUCAAACACAGCAGCCCACUUCUAGGAACAUCCGGAAGGUAUCGUAGAGAAGGUUCAGCAUUGGAAUGUUGAAGUUAGUGAGUUAAUCGUCGGAAUCGUGUUCAUCGACAUAUUCAAAAUUCUGGACAGCUACUUUCCCUUGACUUCAAGUCCGAUUUACGCUAUCUUACAUAUGUUAAAUCGAAAUACUUUCUAUACGAAAGUUAUAGCCUUACAUCUUAGGAAUCCACAGAAUCAAACGGUUUACAAUUCCGUCAAGAAACAAUGGAGAUAUGCCCAAAAUACCGCAGGCUGUCCAGUUGUGACGGAAAUGACAAAGUUGGCGAAUUUUGAUGUUGUUUCCACUCCCGCUCAUCCGUAAGGUUUCGGCCUAUGAUUUCCAGGUCUGUACCUUUGCGUUAGACAUGUCGAAUCAUUCAUCACAUACAUACAUGAACAUAUAUGUUAUUCCAUAUGUUAAAACCAUUCCAAAAUAUACAUGUGAUACAUAUAUAAGUUAUCUAUAUGUUGAGAUCAAAAUACACCAAAUCCAUAAAGUUAAUAUACAAAUAAGUAAAUAUAAACUUUGGAAAUCAACCCAACAAUAUGUAUAUGUUAAUCAAAGGUGCUUAAAAGACUUAAAGAAGUAUUUUGGACACUCAAAAUAUCAAGAGAAAGAUUCGCAGACCCAAACGGUCGACGCAAACGAUCGACCGUCGCGUUAAACAUCGAAAUGGACCCUGACUGUCAGACAAAUGGUCGACCGCCGGUGGCCAACGGUCGACCGUCGCCUGCCCAGCCGAGAAUCGCCGUCGCCAUCCAGUCAACAACGGUCGACCGCCGGUCAACCACGGUCGACCGUCACGGUUUUCCGCCAGCGCGACGUAAUGAAGGUCGAGGUCAACCAUCGCGCCAAACGGUCAACCGUUCCGAGCCUCGUAGCUUAAUUAAAUGAUAUUUUUAUCAGAUUUCACCCAAAUAAAAUAAAGUAUAUUCAUCCAAUCAUAUUGUUUACAAAUUGUUCAUAUCAUAUGAUUCAUUUCAUCACACAUAUUGUAGCGUAUCAUAUCAUAUGCAUGCGUAAGAGAUCAUGCGUAAUUGCGUCUCUUACAGCGUGAUGUGCGGGACUUACUAGUCCGACAUCACCCGUUCCGGGCUUAGUGUACGUACAUGGUAUUCAGGUUUCGAGUACCACCCCUAUUUUUCUAGUCUCACCUCAUUCGUGAGACUAAGGCCGCGUGAGUUCGUCGUACCAAAUGGGCGAAUCUCAUAGCGCAAGGGUGUCCUUGCAAGUUAUAGGAUCAUGCAUCAUGUUAUCAUCAUCAAGUACAUUGAUUACAUAGGUGUCAUGUAAUCAUCAUCAAGAACAAAUAUAUUGAUUACAUAGGUUUCAUGUAAUCAUCAUCAAGAACAAUUAUAUCUAUUACAUCAGUGUCAUGUAAUCAUCCUCACGAACAAGCAAAUUGAUUAAAUGUGCCAUCAUUUAAUUAUCAAUAAAUAUUUAUCAUCAUGAAUCAUCAAAUUGAUCAUAUGAUAUAAUGUGCCAUAUCAUGAAUAUUAUUAUACACCUUGUGGACCGGUUUCGCUGAGCGUGUAGUUUGUAUUUUCCGUUGACUACACGUAGGUAACAAGAGGACAAUGAAGGAACCACUCCCGGAGGGCAUUGAGUCAGAGGAGAUGCAAGGAUGGUAGGCAAAUGUUUGAUCAUCAAAGAUUUUAAAUGUGUCAUGAUUUAAUUAUUAUUGUACUUCCGCAUUACUCUGAAAAUAUUUUUAAAUGGGUCGCGAUCCAGAGUCUGUAAAUUUAAUAUUUAUAAGUAAUUGUCAUUUUCAGAUGUCAAGCGAAAUUUUUAUUUAACUCUCAUUUCACCUUAAUUCGUGUAAUUCCGGGUUAUACGGAUUGGGGUGUUACAUCAAAGGCCGUACCGGUAGGAAAUUUAUUUCCGACGUCCCCCAAAGUAUCCGGGGAUGGAAGGAAAAAUUUGUUUUCAUUGAGUUUCCCCCGUUUGUCACUCCAUUGGCCGGUCUGAAAUGGAACGACCAUCUUCUAAACCAUGAGUAUACCGUGCCGGAUUCCUCUCGUGAUCUUGAAGCGAGUCUCGAGAUCCUUCUUCGAGGCGACCCGUUAAUCGGGAGGAAGUUGCACUACGGGAGCUGGGUCUGGAGGGUCGAAUCGGGUGGUGAGGGUACCUCCCAGGCCCAUGAAGCAGCGGGGCACGGGGUACCCUCCCCGGGCAACACUGCAGAGGCUGAGGGCAACUCCCACCUAGACAUGGAGUUCGAGGAAUUCGCCAUUCCUGACGACCAACCAGCGGGAGAGACCGGCGGUUCUCAAGGUGCUUCCGCCAAAACUUUCACGGUCCAACUAGAGAUCGUGGAAAUCCACGAUGAGGAAGAGCCUGAAGAUGACCGGUCCAAAGGGAAAGGCAAAGAGAAGGCCGAUCGCCGGACCAAGAAGGUGACCACUACCCAUCCCUCUUUCAGCAAGAAGAGGCAAAGAGCGGAUCCUAACACAGCUUCCCAAUCUGUUGAGGAAGCCUUCAUUUACGUCGGUCUGAAACUGAAAGAGGUUGGAAAAAUCGAACCCUUACUGCGGACCGGCUGGGGUUAGGCUCUCCUUCAGAACUUGACCGGCUGAAGAAGAAGAAAGAGGAGAUGGCCCUCAUCUUGAAGAGUCAAGCAGAUGAGCUGAUUAGGCUAUCAGGGCUGGUCGGGGCGAUGAAAGAGGAGAUCUCCCAACUCAAAGAAGAGAAUGGCCGGCUGAUGGACAAGGUGUCUGAAGCCAAGAGGGAUGUGGCGGAGAAGGAAGAAACUUCCCCAAGCGUCAGCCGCCUGGGUUGAAGAAAACAAAGCUGACGCUACCCGGGUGCUCACGGCGACUCCAGAGGCAACCAUGGAAUCCUUCAGGAUGCUGUACCGGGAACCUCAAGGAAAGAAGAUGAUCACUGCGAUUGGAUCGUUUGGAUUCAAGAGCGGUCAGAAGAAGGACCAGAUUGCUUCUCACCGGGUCUUGCUGAGAAGAGACCCAGAUUUCAGCGUUGCCUCCUACGGCCUGGAUCCCAUCCCAGAGGAAGAGCCUACUACCCCCUUCUCCUUAGACUAGGAUCUCCUCGACUGCGCCCGGUUGUUUCAAUUUGUCCCCUUUUAACAACUCUCAAUUUCCCCGGGUAUGCCCGAUGUAUUUUGUAAACAUUUUAGCAUUCAACUUUUAAUGUUUUUAAUGCAUGUUUACUUUUCCACCCGG